AUGCCACGGCGCCAAGCUGCCUUUGACGACUAUACCUCUGCCGUCCCGCAGAUCAUCAUCGCGUCUACCGAUUCUGAUUUUCUCGAUCAUCUGAUACCGGUGUUAAAAGACGCAGCACACUCCAGACGGAUACCGGCUCUAAUACAAUGCCUCACGCGAUACUCCGAGGACCGCGAAGCUGAUAUCGAACGUAUUGGCUUGACCAAACACGAAGAAUUCCUCGAUUCGGUUUCGAGACUACAACAUGUUCGAGAAGACACUGUCAGCCUCACGACGGAGAUUUUGAAACUCAACCAAUCCAUCCAGGCUAGCACAGAGAAACUAGCUGAGCAGAAGGGUGCCCUGGUCAAUACAAAAGCUAUUCGACAGAACAUUGCCGAUGCAACCGAGGCCCUGAGAGACUCCUUGAAGGUACUCCAUGCUGUCAAUCACGCCCAUGACCUCAUUCGCCAGAAAAAUUACUAUUCUGCUCUCAAAUCUCUUGAGGAUCUUCAAAACGAGUAUUUAGUUCCUAUAUUACAAAAUCGAUAUGCUACGCAACAUCGCUUGGCUGAUGUCAUUCAAAAAUCCAUACCUGGCUCUCGAAAAGGUAUUUCGGAAGCUGUCAUGACCGACCUCAACACAUGGCUGUUUAGAGUUCGAGAGACGUCUCAAUUCCUUGGCGAAGUGGCGUUUUAUCACACUGAAAUGAGACGGUCCCGGCAGAGAAAGCGGGUUGAGGACGACCAAUUCCUAGCCAACUUUAAGCUCAAUUCGUCUAUUGAACUUGUAUGCGAUGAAAGCGAGGAAUUCGACGUACUAGAUAACGAAGAACUGCAAGUCAAUUUCACACCACUCUUCGAGGCUCUGCACAUUCACGAUGCACUUGGCCAAAGCGAUCGAUUUCGUGCAGAAUAUGCCGCUACUAGAAGACAGCAGAAAGACCUACUUCUACCCAGCACGAUUGAAUUACUCACUGAUGACGAGUCUUCGCUAAGCAGCCUCUUAGAGGGCAUUGCGGGAUUCUCAAUCAUUGAAAAGGAAACCAUGCGUCGUGUGCCACAAUUACGCUCCGCAGCUGAGGUCGAAGAGCUUUGGGAGUCAAUGUGCGGUGCUGCUAUAAGCCUAACAUCUCGAGCGCUGAACGACGUAGGUAAUGCCGAAGUUCUUCUCAAAAUAAAAGGGUUCAUCGCCCUGUUUGUUCAAACCAUGGAGGGCUGGGGUUACUCAAUCUCCACUCUCGACACGUUUUUGCUUACGCUAUUUGACAAAUAUGCUGAGCUUCUCAAGCAUCGAUUUAGUGAAGAUUUCCAGGAGAUUGUCUCUACAGAUGACUACAUGCCAAUGGCCAUUAAUUCUCGUGAGGAAUAUGAAAAAGUCAUUAACGUUAGCUGGUUCAUGCAAAGCCAAGCCAUCGAUGAUGUGACGUUCCCCUGUGUGCUACCCUUCUCGCAGAUGUACCCUUUGUGUUGCAUAGACGUUCGGAACUUUCUCAACCAGUUUUAUUUCUUUUCCGAUGAUCAUUUCCAGCACGCGGAAGUCAUUGAUGAGACUUUACGAAAGUCACUGGACGAGCUUCUCACCGAAAAGGUUUGCCGAUUAUUGGUUGAGAGACUCUCUUCCCAAUAUUUGGGACAAAUUGUUCAGAUUCUUAUUAAUCUCGAGCACUUCGAAAUUGCAUGUCAAGAACUUGAACAGCUUCUCAUCCGUGCCAGAUCGUCAAGCUCGGCUGGCGGGCCUUUGAAACUGAACGCAACCGAAGAGUUUCGCAAUAACAAGAAAACUGCUGAGAAAAGAAUUUUCGAGCUCGUUAAUAGCAAGAUUGACGACCUAGUUGACACGGCGGAAUAUGAUUGGUUAGCGGCGGCUGUGGCACCAGAGCCGAGUAACUAUAUGCAAACAUUGACUCGAUACCUAUCCAAUAUCAUGAACUCGACAUUGCUGGGGCUACCGCGAGAAAUUAAGGAGCUCAUUUAUUUUGAUGCCCUAUCUCACGCUGCUAACAAAAUUCUGGCCCUGCCCCUGUCUCCUGAAGUCCAAAAUAUCAAUAGCAAUGGGGUUGCUGCAUUGGCACUUGAUGUUCAGUACCUGACUGAGUUCGUCAGUAGCCUAGAAAACGGGCAGAUGUUGCGCGAAAAUCUGGAUGAGCUCCAACAGACCGUGAACCUGAUGGAAUCAGAUAACCAUGACGAAUUUUUUGACAUCUCCAUUCGAAACAAGAAAUACGGCCGCGUAGAUGCCCUGAAUGGUCCGGUGCUCUUGGAAAAGCUUACUCCCGUAUCACAAGUUGCUGGCAGAGCGGCACCCCUGUCGAAUUUAUCAUCACGGUUUGGCAUGAUGAAAUGA